AUGUCGGCAGCAAGCUCAAGUGGCGGAGCUCCUCCAGGUUCAAGCAAGACUCCCUCCCAUCCCAUCAACCUCGCCUCCCUCUCCGUCCCACAACUCCGCUCACUCCAAACACGCCUCACCUCCGAACUGGAACACCUCACCUCGUCGCACGCGAAGCUGCGCGCCGCCCAGGCCAAGUUCCGCGACUGUGUGCGCUCGAUCAACGACGGCGUCGUCGGGUCCGCGAAUAAGGGGACGGCAGGUCGUGAAGAGAUUCUUGUCCCGCUGACUAGCUCGCUGUAUGUGAAGGGGACGCUGGCGGAUCGGGAGAAGGUGCUUGUGGAUGUUGGGACGGGGUUUUAUGUUGAGAAGACACCUGCCAAGGCUAUUGCGUUCUAUGAGGAGAAGGUCAAGGGCCUGGAUAUCAAUUUGCAGGAGCUGGAGAAGAUUGUGCAGGAGAAGAACACCCAUCUGCGGGUCACGGAGGAGAGUGAGUGUUUUCAGCUGUCUUCUGCGUCUCCGUCUCAAUACUGA